AUGUACUUCCCGCCGUUUGGGGGCAUGGGUCAGCCCCUCGGCUCGUUUGAGCAGAGCUUUCACGUGUACCCCGUCUCCUUCAUAGAUAAGGCUCACCUCGAGAACGGCGAUAAAGUCAUCAUGCCCCCCUCUGCUCUUGACAGACUCGCAUCACUCCACAUAGACUACCCCAUGCUGUUCGAGGUGCACAACGCAGCGGCCAAUCGCACGUCGCACUGCGGCGUGUUGGAGUUCAUUGCAGAAGAGGGAUACGUGUACAUGCCAUAUUGGAUGAUGCAGAAUCUGCUGCUGCAGGAGGGGGACAUAGUGCGGUUCCGGAACGCAACUCUCCCAAAGGGCACCUACGUGAAGCUGCAGCCUCACACCAAGGACUUUCUCGAUAUAUCCAACCCCAAGGCCGUGCUUGAGAUGACCCUUAGAAGCUUCUCGUGCCUUACGAAAGGAGAGAGCAUCAUGGUGGCAUACAACAACAAGCGCUACUUCAUAGACGUGGUAGAUGCACGCCCAGCAGCAGCCAUAUCCAUUAUCGAGACCGAUUGUGAAGUCGAUUUUGCGCCGCCCCUCGAUUAUGUGGAGCCGGAACGAGUGCUUACACCCGUUAAAGCACCUGCUGCUGCUGCUUCUGCUGCUGCUGCUGCUGCUGGCGGCUCUGAAGCUGGAGGGAAGAAGGGCACUGGGAAGGACGGAAAAUCAGAAGCAGCCCCCCCACCCGAGGAGCCCGCCUUCACGCCAUUCGUCGGCACCGGCAGGCGAUUGGACGGCCGCCCAGCAGCCUCCCCCUCCUCCCCUGCCACGUCAGCAGCUGCCACGUCAGCAGCAUCAAGGGAGGGCGUAUCUGGGGCAGGCGGGGCCGGUGGGGCUCGUAGCAGUGGUGGUGGCAGUGCCGGGAGUAGCAGUGCGGGUGGUGGUAGUGGUGCUGCUGGCGCAGGUGCUGCCGGUGCAGCGAGUGGGGGAAGGAAGGAGGGUCGGCUGGUGUUUGGGUCAGGAGACGGAGCUCCACGAGCGGGUCCCAAGGGAAAGGCUGUGCUGAUAGUGGGUGGCUCGAGCGGCAUAGGGUUGUGCAUGGGGGAAUUGGCAGUGCAGCAGGGGGCGAGGGUGGCAAUUGUUGCUCGCAAUAAAGACAGAUUGGCCUCAGCACACAAGCAGCUAGAAGCCUUACUUCCACCCGACACUCCCUCGUCCGAUUUCCUCCUGUCUGUGGCGGCCGAUGCGGCGAACCCGGACGAUGCGACGAGAGCCGUUGAUCAAGUGGUGGCCGCGUUUGGACGGCUGGAUGUGGUGAUCUGCUGCCAGGGGCAGAGCACCCCGCAUCAAUUUGAAUUCGAUACCUUGGAGAACCAGCAGCAGCUCAUGAACGUCAACUACUGGGCGUCAGUCUAUGUGAUUCGAGCAGCCCUGCCAGCCGUGAAAAGAGCGGGCAAGGAGGGGCGCAUAAUGCUGGUGUCGUCUCAAGCAGGGCAGAUUGGUAUCUAUGGCUAUACAGCCUACUCGGCCGCCAAAUUCGCUCUAAGAGGCCUGGCAGAGGCACUACAAAUGGAGCUGGAGCACAUGGGGACGAGGGUGGUGAUGCUGUUCCCUCCUGACACUGACACGCCUCAAUUGCAGCAAGAGAACGCAACCAAGCCAGCAGUCACCAAGGCCAUCACGGAAGGCAACAAGCCCUUCCCUCCCAUGGCGGUCGCAAAAGCUGCGAUCUCGGCCAUCGAACAGGGAGAUUUCCUUGCUCCUGUCGGAUUCGACGGCUGGAUGCUCAGCAUCGCCACUGCAGGCGCAUUUGUGUCAUUCGCGGGGUUCGCGUUAGCAGACCAUCUGUUACAGUCACACGGCCUCACAGUCUCCCUCGGCUCCUUCGGUGCUGUCUGCUGCCUCCUCUUCGCCAGCCCGCAAGCAGCCGUCUCGCAGCGCAAGACUAUCCUGAUAGCCCACGUGGGAACGGCGCUCAUAGGAGUGGCGCUCUUCUGCUUGCUGGGGCCGUCUUGGCUUGCUAAAGCCACAGCAGUUGCUGCGUCUAUUGCUUUCAUGCAAUUCACCAACUCCGUCCACCCCCCUGCUGCCGGCCUCCCGCUUAUUUUCCUCGACGCCCCCAAGUUUCAUCGCCUCAAAUGGUGGUACCCACUCUUCCCAGGCCUUGUGGGCUGCCUCUGGCUCUUCCUCGUGCAAGAAGGGAUCCUUUUCUUGAAAGAGAAGGUGGUAUUCUGA